AUUUAAUAGAUCCAUAAUUUUCCCCUUUUCUUUUCUUUUUUUCCCUCUUUUUCUUUCUCAAACAUUUCGUUUUUUAAUUAAAUCCACAUCAUAAUGCUAUCUGUGCAACAACAACAACAGCAGCAGCAAGAAGAAGAAUAUCUAUUAGUUAAAGACCAAGAUUUCUAUUUCCUUGGUCAACAUCUAAAUUCACCUGAAUUGCUAUUAGAAGAGGAAGAAUAUCCUACAGAAUAUCAUGGUUCAGCUGUAAAUAAUAAUUUUGAUAUUGCCAACAGAGCGUUCUAUGCCACGAUCAACAAAUUUACUAGACAGAGUUGUCCGGAUGCGGCCUCCAGACGUAGAUCAGCUCCCUAUUCAUUUUUGGAGAACUGGCACUUACAUAGUAUUUAUAGCAAAUCACAACAAACAUUAUUAGGCAUUACGCCUGUUAGACCCUCUGUACUACUAUCAGGUGAUGACUUUAUGUUUACACCUCCUUUUAUUCAACAAGAAGAGGAAGACGGAGAAUGUGAACAGCAAGAAGAAAUUUGGAGUUCAACAGAAGCAGAAUAUUAUAAUCUGAGUCCCUGUCCUGAUUCCAAUGGAGCAACCGGUGUAUUUUUAUACUCUCAGCAAGAGGAUGGACCUACCUUUGAAACAAGUAUCGACAAGUCAUUUUAUAAUCAUCACACCCAAGAAAAUAUUUGGAUCGAGAAUGAAAGUCGAAAUAAUUUUGAAGAUCUAUCGAUACAUAUUCAACAGAACGAUGAUUUAUUAAUAUUACAGCCGCAACAACAAGAAGAAGAAGAGGAAGACUAUACAACCGACUCUUCUUCCGAUGAGCAACGUUGUAGUAUUACUAGCGACGAAGAAGAAGGAGAGGAAGAGUUGUCUUCCUAUGAUCUAGUGAAUUUAUAUGAUGAAGAACAGAGGCAACCACCUAUUUCACCUGUGACUAGAUCAUCUUCCUUUUUAAGUCAAAAAUCAUCUUCGUCAGUUAUGUCAUACCAGUCAUUAGCUGACAUUAUAAACAAAAGCAACAAUCAUUUUGAAGAUCGGAAUCAUUAUGGAUCUAUCCACAACGAUACACCAUGUGUGGAUAAUACUUUAUCUACCUUUGCCAAUCGUGAUAUAGAAUCCGGUGUUCAACCAGAAGAAAGAUCUAUUUGGUCACGCAUAUUAGCUUACCUCAUGAACAUUUAUAACUUUUUCUUCUUUGUGAUAUUUUCCUCUCCUAUUACCACCACCACCACCACCUGUGAAACACAACCGUUACUUUAGAAACUUUGGCUCUCUUAAAACAAAAAAUUAUUUAUACCCCCAACCCCUCCCUUUUUCUUCCCCCCCCCCCCCAAUUGAUAAUCAUUUGUAUAUAUAAUAGGA